CAGACACACUUCAGUCGCGGUUUUUAACUCGACACAAGCGAACGAACGCGGGUAUAACCGCACGCAGCUGAAACGCACGGGAAACGCAUUGAAAUCGAAAGUGUUUACCGCGCGACUUGAAUCUCCAAGUGCUUCUCUGGAGGCGGGGGCAAUAUACCCGUACACAUUACGUGUCAUCAUGCCGCCGGCUAGCAAACAACUCCGGGUCGGAGCCCUUGUUUACCUGGUCUUGGGCCUGGCUUAUGGGCCCGGGCUCUUAUGCAAUGCGGGCGAUGGUGAAACUAUGCAAAAAUACGCCAAUGAAUCACUCGCCGCCACUGCGGAGGCAGAUGUCGGUGCUCCAGUUUGGUCGCAGUUUCUCGAAGAUUACGUCUUGAGCCAAGGCAGCAGCCAGCGAAAGUCCAAGGAUCUUCCUUACAUGGGCGGAGGAGACAUGGGAAUGAAUGGACCGCUUAAUUACCACUCUUCUGCAUACAAGCGUCCUGGUAACAACAUCUACAUCACUCGCCGGAUUGGCGAAUCCGUGGAGCUGGAGCCUCAUCUGCGAAAGCCCGUGGAGAGCCAGAGUCCCAUUGUCAAUCCCCAGUUUCGGCCCAUGACCAAUCAGAUGUUGCAUCAACAGCAGCAGCAGCACCAGCAGAUGCAACAACAGCAACAGCAGCAGCAACGUCAGCAGCCCGGUUUCCUGGAGCAACUGUUUGGCUUUGGAGGAAGUACCAGCGGGGGUGGCAAUCCUUCCCAGCAGCACCAGCGCCCUGUGCAGCAACAGCAAGUGCAACAGGUUCCGCAGCAACGUCCGCAGCAGCAGCAACACCUGGGCGCUGGUGGGAGCCAACCAACCACAUUCAGAGCCGUUUCUGAAAACGAUCUUUAUCUCUUAGGAGCCAUUGAAAAGUUGGUGUACAGAGUGGAUUACUUGGAGAGUCGCGUGAGACGAUCGGAGCAGCUGAUAUACUAUCUAAUGGCCGGGAACAACCAGAAGGAUGUAAAGGAUCCCUGCCCGACCAACUUCACCCGCAUCAGCGACAACUGCUACUACAUCAACAGCCAGCAACAGGUGAACUGGAAGACGGCCAAUUCUGCCUGCAAGGCCCUGAACUCUCACCUGGCCGAGUUUGAGAAGGUCUCGGAGAACGAGGAGAUCAUGGCGUAUCUGCUGAACCAGCCCGCCCACCGGGGUCGCGACUACUGGCUGGGUGGCCUGAACCCGGGACUCCUCUGGAUCUGGUCGAACUCAGCCAAGCCCGUGAAUCCCAACAUGAAUCUAACCUCCAUUGCGAUGGCCCAGAAAAGUGAGAACUCAACGGCAUCCAAUCUGGUGGAUAGCUCGGAGCAGGCGGCAUCACAGGAAGAGGGUGCCGCAGACGAUGUGCUGAACAACACGGUUCAGAUAGAGGGCAAGGGUCGCUGCCUCCGUUUAAGCUACAAUGCAGGGAAGCAUAGCUAUGUGUACUACGGACAGGAGUGCACAUCCAGGCACUACUACAUCUGCGAGCACGAGGACAAGACACUGGACAACAAGAUCAAGAAGAUUAGCCGCGACCUGAAACUCUUGGAGGAGUGAGGAUCCGAUCCUCAUGUGAUACAUCCAGUUAGUAACCUCUAG